AUGAGACUUGCCAGUCCAAGUGGGCCGAGCAUGAGAGCAGGAAUUGUCGCCUUAACGGUUGCCCUCUUCCAAUCCGUGAUCUGGGAGGUCAAUGCUGGCGACACCGACUGCAGCAGGAUGUUCGAAGAUGGAGACUGUCUCAAGCGGCCGCGCUUCAUGGAGCUACAUUGCGGGGGCUGCGGCAACUUCACAGUGCACGAAGAGCUUCGUGGGCGUUUUCUUUUUGAGGACGCUGUGUCCCCUACAUUGCUGAAAGACCUGCUCGCACUGGCACCCGAGGUGGUUGUUCCUGGCGAUGGCUAUGGCGGGCGAGCUCGUCCCUUCAAGCCGGAUGAGGUUUGGGCUGGAGUUCAGCUCCUGGAUGCCGCUGACUGGGCUGUACGCCAGGCACAAGAAGGCCGCCGAGAGGCAUUGGCCUUUGCGCGUAGCUUCGUGGAGGUAGUGCGCACUAUGAGGUCGCUGCUGGGUAAUCUCUUCGGGUUGAGGCAAGUUACCCUCCACUUUGCACAGCUGGUAUGCCGACACAAGGAUCCAAAGCAAGCGGCAGAGGCAGGCGACAGCCAUCCUGUGCACUCGGACGAUGGUUGCAAAUACCAGGAGCCAGCUGACGACUUGAGCGAGUCUUGCAUCGCCCCGGAGACUGGGGACCCUCGCACGCAUGCGGCGUAUCUCUAUCUUCAUGGACCGGAAGGAGGAGACUUUCGAGGAGGUGACUUCUUCUUUGUCAGCCAAAGCCAAGAGCGAGUUCGGCUACGACCUGCAGCAGGUCGUAUGGUAGCAAUUGCUGCGAGCAGCAGCAAUCUGCAUGGUGUGGAGCACCUGGAGGCAGGCACUCGCUGUCACGUCGGCGUGUGGGUGGCUGCUGACAGUGAGGAUACUGGUGCAUACGGGUAUCAGCGCUACAGCUUGCAGCAGGCAGAGAGCAUCUUGGCGGGAGUUCUUCCUCCUGGAUCCCGGCCGCAGGUUCAGGACUGGCGACAAGAAGCGAGCAGCCACCAGCAAAUGUGUGCGGCUGCAAGUAACGUGAAGGCCGAGGCGAAGGCCGAAGCCGUCGGGAACCCUCAGCUUGAGGAACUGGCAGUCCUUGCAGAUCUUCCUGGUCCCCAGAUACUCCGUGUAGGAGGUUUUCUAUCUGCGCAGGAAGCACAACACAUCAUUGCCCUUGCCAAGCCUACGUUGAAGGAUGGCGUGGUGAUCGAGUCCGGUCAGCUGGUUCGAGCAAAGUAUCGGACAAGCCAGACUGCAUGGUUGGAGGACGAGGAUCCGGUCUUGCGGAACAUCUCCAAACGGAUUGAAGACUUUACCGGCUUGUCCCUGCAGUCCGCAGAGCAAUUUCAGGUGGCCCACUACACUGCAGAGAAUCAGGGCGGCUAUGAGCCGCACUUCGACUGGGGGACGGAGGUCGAAGUCACAGGCGCCUUCGGAACCUCGGAGGACAGCGGCCAGGGACCCAGACUGGCCACCUUCCUCAUCUACUUGAAUGACGUGCAAGGUGGCGGCGCGACGACGUUUGUGCAACAGGGCCUGAGCGUCCAGCCCGAAGAAGGUGCUGCUCUUUUCUGGUACAAUCUACUCCCAUCCGGCGAGGGUGAUGAGCUCGUUCGUCAUGGUGCUUGCCCCGUCACGGAAGGUGAAAAGUUCAUUGUAACGCGGUGGAUCCAUGCGGCCGGCAAUGUGCAUGCUUUUGACGCGUCCACCUCGAUGCCGAGGAUUUCACGCUCCCCAGAAACCUGGUCCUGGAGAUCGCUGCCCUGCUCUUCUCUCUGCGUCACGGCACCCUUGCAGGCUGCCAGACGUUGCCCAAAAGAGUGUGAUGUGGCAACCAGCUCGUCCAUUCUGCGUGGUCGAGCCGUUAUCGAUCAUGCCGUGCCGGCAGCGACUGCGAGGGCCCUUGCCGUCCUAGCGCCAUCGGCCGUUCGAAUUGGCGACGGCUUCCAGGCUUCCGGCCUGAGAAACCGAGCGCAGGUCGGUGGCCUUACUCCAACAGCUGCAGUGGAAUGGGCUGCUGAGCAAGGCAGCGCUCUUGCUCUUUCCUGGGCCGAAAGCUUACUGACAGCGGCCGAGUCUGUUGGCCAGCAGGUGGCUUCCCACUUUGGCAAGAAAUUGCUGAACUCCUCGGCCCCUGUGGAUGAAGAAGGUCUCUACUUCGACUUUGUGCACCUCGUAUGCCGAUUUUCGCAGGAGGAGGUUCAGGAGGCCCCGGAAGAGUUUGAGGAGUUCUCAGGCUACAUCCCGGCCAAUGCCAAAGACCUCUUCAACCAAGAGCUUACUCUCGAGAAGGCGAAGGCCGCCUGCAGCGCUGAUCUCGAAUGUGAAGGUUUCACCUUCCAGGCCGGUGCAAAGCCGGAAGAACCCAGAAUGGUGUAUUUCAAAGCUCAGUGGGACCUUGCAGGCACCGGUUGGAGAUCGUUUCGACGUUCACCAAGAGCAAAGGAGGCAGAUGCUCAUGCAGCGCAUGGCGACAACUGUUUCGAAGAGGGGGCUUUCUGUGUGAGAAAGAAGCCCUUCUACUAUUGGCGAAGCCAUGCGGCUGUGCUUUUCCUCCACGGUCCCGAGUCGGGUGACUUUCAGGGAGGCGACUUCUUCUACGCACCUUCCUUCAGAAGUCCGCCAGAGCUGCGCGUGCACGUUAAGCCUGCACCGGGGAGAGCAGUGACAUUUCGGGCAGGUGCCGAGAACAUCCACGGUGUGGAGAAGGUCACAUCUGGUACACGCUGCACGCUUAACCACUGGCUGACACCAAAUGCGUUUCAAGCCGCACACAAAUCCGAGCUGGAAGAUGCGCGGAAACUGUUGCUGCACUACAAGCCGAAGGCUCAGGAGCUCUGA